AAAUACAAGAACAAAAUUGGCCAGGCGUGGUGGCGGGCGCCUGUAGUCCCAGCUACUUGGGAGGCUGAGAUUGCAGUGAGCCGAGAUCACGCCACUGCACUCCAGCCUGGGUGACAGAGCGAGACUCUUGUCUCCAAAAAAAAAAAAAGAAAAAUAAAACCAUGAAGAAACAGAAAAUGCUGAAAUCAGGAACACAGCCUCAUGUUCUUUUAAGUAAAACUGUUUAGUUUCAAGAUUUUUAAAAGGCUGCCUCCUUUCAGGCGUGGAGCUCUAUGUCUCUGUGGGUUUCCUUUGGCUUAAUUGCAAAUCUUAAUGCUGAACUGAGCUACAGGGAUCAGUGUCCACAUCAAGGGACUCUUGACGGAAGAGCUGACCCUGGUUUUCUAACUCACUUUUUAAGGGGCCAGUUGUAAAAGAGGCGAAAAGUGUGAGUGAUUUAAUAUAUUAUCCUUUGUUGCAUUUUUACCUUCAUUUGUUUAGAGACUUCCUUUUGGAGCCAUCAUCUAUUUUUAAAAUUUUGAUUCUUAUUUUAAUUAUUUUAUUUUGAGGUGGGAUCUUGCUAUGUUGCCCAGGGUGGUUUCUAACUUCUGGGCUCAAGAGGCCCUCCUAUCUCAGCUUCCUGAAUAGCUGGAAAUAGCUGCUUGCCACUGCACCCAGCUAUUUUUUACUUCAACUGACAUAAUAGUUGUAUAUGUUUAUGGAGUACAGUGUCAUAUUUUGAAACCUGUGUACAGUGUGUAAUGAUGGAAUCAUCCUCUUGAUGAACUGUAUCCUUUGUUCCCUGAGCCCCUUGUCCUUGUUCUUGUCCUUUUUGUCCUCGGUAUUGGGAAGCACCUCAGUUCUCUUUCCUGGACUGCUCUUCAAGAGUCCUCAUGAACUAUAAAUGAUAUUCACUAAAUUGAACACACUUAAAGUGCUAUCUUAGUUCAAGAUGUUAUAACGAAAAUACUAUAGCCUAAACAACAGGAAUUGAUUUCUUAUAAAUCUGGAGGCUGGACAUUCAAAAUCAACAUGCUGGCCAAUUUGGUUCCUGUUGAGAGCCCUUUGCAGACAGACCCCUUUGCUCUGUCCUCCCAUGGUGGAGAGAUUAUCUCUUGUGCCUCUUUAUAAGGGCACCAAACCCAUUCGUGAGUCUCCACUCUAAUUACCUAAUUGACUUCAUUAUCUUACAAAGGUUACCUCCAGAUAACAUUACAUUGGAAAAUGCACUUCAUUGUAUAAUUUGUUUUUUGGUAGGGACAGAAACAUUCAUUCCAUAGCAAAUAUAAUUUGGCAAAUUUUGACAUAUAUAUAUAUAUAUAUAUAUAUAUGCCUAUGAAGCCAUCAUUAUAAUCAAGAUAAUGAGCUAAUCUAUCACCACUAAAAGUUUGCCCCUUUUUGUAGUUCUUCCCUCAUCGCUAGACACCUACUAAUCUGCUUUCUGGCACUAUAGAUGAGUUUGCAUUUUCUGGAAUUUUAUAUAAAUGGAAUAAUAUAAUAUGUGUGUAUAUAUAUAUAUACACACGUAUAUGUAUAUAUAUAUAUACAUAUACGUGUGUAUAUAUAUACAUAUACGUGUGUAUAUAUAUACAUAUUACAUGUACAUUUUGUCUGGCUUCUUUUACUCAGCAUAAUUAUUUUGAGAUUCAUCCAUGUAUCAAUUGUUCACUUAUUUUUAUCACAAGAGAAUAUUCCACUGUAUGAAAGUAACAUAAUUUGUCCAUUUCCCUGUUGGCUAUUUGAAUUGUUCCUAGUUUGGAGCUAUUGCAAGUAAAGCUACCAUGAACAUUUGUGCACAAGUCUUUGCUUGUAUCUACACUUCAGUUUAUCUCGGGUAAAUACCUAGGAGUGAAAUGGCUGGGUCAGUUGUUGGUUGUAUAUGUAAUUUUUAAAAAAAGCUGUGAUAGUGUUUUCCAAAGUGGUUGUACUAUUUUACAUUCUCACCGGCAGUGUGCAAGCCUUUCAGUUCCUCCAGAUUUUCUCCAACGUUUGGUUGUUCAGUUUUAAAAUUUUACCCAUUCUGAUAGAUGUAUAGUAGAAUCACAUUGUGAUUUUGACUUGCAUUCCCUUAAUGACUAAUAAUGUUGAACAUAUUUUCAUAUGUUUAUUUACCAUCUGUGCAUUGUCCAAAUAUUUUGUUCAUUUAUUGUUUCCUUAUCAAAUUUUGAGAGUUCUUUAUGUAUUCCAGAUUACAAGUCCUUUAUUAGAUAUGUGAUUUGAAAAUAUGUUUCGUUCUGUGACUUGUCUUCUCAUUCUCUUAGUAUCUUUUGAAAAAAGAAAAUUCUAAUUUUGAUGAAGUUAUAUUUAUCUUUUUUUGGUGGAUAAUACUUUGUUAUCAUACUAAGGAAUUUUUGCCUAACCAAGGUCCCAGAGAGUUUACAGAAGAUUUAUAGCUUUAUAUAAAUGUCUGAUCUGUUUUGAUUUAAUUUUUAUCUGUGGUGUGAGGUAUGGAUCAAGGUUCUUUGUUAAAAUUGUGCCAGUACCAUGUGUUGAAUUACCUUUGCAACUUUGUUGUUAAUCUGUUGACCAUAUGCAUGUAGGUUUAUUUCUGGGCUAUUCUUUUCCAUUGAUCAUUCUGUCUGUUUUGUCAAUACCACAUUUUCUUGAUUACAGUAGCUUUAUAAGAACUCUUGAAAACAGGUAAUAUAAGUCCUUCAACUUUAUUCUUUUUCCAAACUUGUUUGGCUCUUCUAUGUUCUUUGCAUUUUCAUAGAAAUUUUAGAAAAAUUUCUUCAAAAAAGCCUUCUGGGAUGUUUACAGAAGAAGGUGAUGCUCAGCAAGGCUUGCAGUGGUGAAUGAGAAUGGAAAUGGAGGGAGGCUGGGCACGGUGGCUCACACCUGUAAUCCCAGAACUUUGGGAGGCCAAGGCAGGUGGAUUGCUUGAGUCCAGGAGUUCAAGACCAGCCUGGGAAACAUGGUGAUACACCAUUUCUAUGAAAAAUGCCAAAAAAAAUUAGCCAGGUGUGGUGGUGCAUGCCUGUAGUCCCAGCUACUCAGGAGGCUGAGGUGGGAGGAUGGCUUGAGCCCAGGAGUCUGAGGCUGCCAUGAGCCAAGAUCACGCCACUGCACUGCAGCCUAGGUGACAGAGUAAGACCCUGUCUCAAAAAAAAAAAAAAAAAAAAAAAGCAAAAGAAAAAGACAUGGAGGGAAAGACAAAUGAUAGACUUGGUGCAGACUGAAUGUUUUGGUUAAAGGAGGCAGUGUCAAGUGUUAAGGCAAUGCCUAAGUUUCUGACCUGAGUACUUGGUUAACUGGAUUGGUGGUAGUAUCUUCUCCAAAGAAGGAAUUACGGAAGGAGGCAGCAUUUUGAUGUGGAAGAGAGAGAAGUCCAUUGCUUCUGUUGAAUUUCGAAUGAUGCCAGUGGAAAACCACCUGGAGAUGGCAUGUUGGAAGCUGGAGACGAAACAGAUAUUGAUGACAGAUAUGGAGAUUUGGAUUCCAGAACAGAUUCUGAUAUUCCGGAAAUUCCACCAUCCUCAGAUAGAACCCCUGAGAUUCUCAAAAAAGCUCUAUCUGGUUUAUCUUCAAGGUGGAAAAACUGGUGGAUACGUGGAAUUCUCACUCUAACUAUGAUCUCAUUGUUUUUCCUGAUCAUCUAUAUGGGAUCCUUCAUGCUGAUGCUUCUUGUUCUGGGCAUCCAAGUGAAAUGCUUCCAUGAAAUUAUCACUAUAGGUUAUAGAGUCUAUCAUUCUUAUGAUCUACCAUGGUUUAGAACACUAAGUUGGUACUUUCUAUUGUGUGUAAACUACUUUUUCUAUGGAGAGACUGUAGCUGAUUAUUUUGCUACAUUUGUUCAAAGAGAAGAACAACUUCAGUUCCUCAUUCGCUACCAUAGAUUUAUAUCAUUUGCCCUCUAUCUGGCAGGUUUCUGCAUGUUUGUACUGAGUUUGGUGAAGAAACAUUAUCGUCUGCAGUUUUAUAUGUUCGCAUGGACUCAUGUCACUUUACUGAUAACUGUCACUCAGUCACACCUUGUCAUCCAAAAUCUGUUUGAAGGCAUGAUAUGGUUCCUUGUUCCAAUAUCAAGUGUUAUCUGCAAUGACAUAACUGCUUACCUUUUUGGAUUUUUUUUUGGGAGAACUCCAUUAAUUAAGUUGUCUCCUAAAAAGACUUGGGAAGGAUUCAUUGGUGGUUUCUUUUCCACAGUUGUGUUUGGAUUCAUUGCUGCCUAUGUGUUAUCCAAAUACCAGUACUUUGUCUGCCCAGUGGAAUACCGAAGUGAUGUAAACUCCUUCGUGACGGAAUGUGAGCCCUCAGAACUUUUCCAGCUUCAGACUUACUCACUUCCACCCUUUCUAAAGGCAGUGUUGAGACAGGAAAGAGUGAGCUUGUACCCUUUCCAGAUCCACAGCAUUGCACUGUCAACCUUUGCAUCUUUAAUUGGCCCAUUUGGAGGCUUCUUUGCCAGUGGAUUCAAAAGAGCCUUCAAAAUCAAGGAUUUUGCAAAUACCAUUCCUGGACAUGGUGGGAUAAUGGACAGAUUUGAUUGUCAGUAUUUGAUGGCAACUUUUGUACAUGUGUACAUCACAAGUUUUAUAAGGGGCCCAAAUCCCAGCAAAGUGCUACAGCAGUUGUUGGUGCUUCAACCAGAACAGCAGCUAAAUAUAUAUAAAACCCUGAAGACUUAUCUCAUUGAGAAAGGAAUCCUACAACCCGCCUUGAAGGUAUAACUGGAUCCAGAGAGGGAAGGACUGACAAGAAGAAAUUAUUCAGAAAAACACUGACAGAUGUUUUAUAAAUUGUACAGAAAAAUAGUUUAAAAUGCAAUAGGUUGAAGUUUUGGAGAUAUGUUUCUCUCUGAAAUUACUGUGAAUAUUUAACAAACACUUACUUGAUCUAUGUUAUGAAAUAAGUAGCAAAUUGCCAGCAAAAUGUCUUGUACCUUUUCUAAAGUGUAUUUUCUGAUGUGAACUUCCUUCCCCUUACUUGCUAGGUUUCAUAAUUUAAAAGACUGGUAUUUAAAAGAGUCAAACACUAUAAAAUGAGUAAGUUGAGGAUGUUUUAAGAUUGCACCUGGCAGUGUGCCUUUUUGCACAAAUAUUUACUUUUGCACUUGGAGCUGCUUUUAAUUUUAGCAAAAUGUUUUAUGCAAGGCACAAUAGGAAGUCAGUUCUCCUGCACUUCCUCCUCACGUAGUCUGGAGUACUUUCUAAAGGGCUUAGUUGGAUUUAAAAAAAAAAAAAAGAAAAAAAGAUUGUCUACUUUUCAAAGAAGUAACCAUUUGCCAGGGGAAAACAUUCUGCUUUUAGGUAGUUUCAAAAUUCAGGGGAGGGAGCCUGAAAUUUUUGCCAUGAUUGGUUUGUUAGAAAGAGCAGGCAUCAAACUACUUCUGAUAAAAUUGUUUGGAAGAUCACAACCUCGCAAAAACGUUUCAAGAGCAACAAGGAAGAAUUCUGCUGUGAAGAACACAGUGUACAGAUCCUCCACAGAUUAUCUCAACAGAGGACAGCAGCUCAGGAGGCAGCGUCAAACGGUGACCUGUGGCCUGGGCCAUCUCUUGGUCAUGUGCUUUACUUUUCCCUGUUUCCCUGUGAACUGGCUUCCAUGGUUCUAUAGGGUAGUGAGUCGGGGUUGUUGCUGCAGCAGAGCAGGAGAUGCUUGCCCGAGUGGGAGCGACCCGCCCCCGUGUCCCCGAUGCCUCACUCCUGGCUUCUAGUGCAGCCCUUUGUAGACUCAGCUCGCAAGAAGGAAGAUCUGCCUGGAGACCUGAUCCCAGUCCAGCUUUUUGGCCAUAGGUCAUCUUUGUCCCAUUGCUCUUUUGCAUCAUGUCAUAAAAUUUGAGGAUAUCAGCUGAUUAUUUUUUCUUCCAAGAAUGAAAAUCAAGCAGAAUUGAUUCCUACACGAAAGAAAAGCACACGAAUGCCAAACCUUUUCUUUGGUGGACUGGACACUAACCAGAUGACAGUAAAUUUCUUAUCUGUGGACAUAUGUAAGCUACUGCUGCUGUGUGCUCUCCACAGCCAUAUUUAUUGUAUUAAACAAUCAGCACUAAACCUUCAAAAAUUGCCCAGUGCUCCUAGUUAAAUGUUCAGAGGGGAAAAAUAGAUAUAUUUUAAAUAAUGUUUUGCUAAUGAAAAGAGUAAAUAUUUUUGUUUAAAUCAGCAAAAA